AUGAAAAGAUCCGUAGAAACCGUGCCAAAGAAGACAAGAAGGACUCCAAAACGAGUUACAGCAACGCAUAAUUUUGUAUACGAGUUCAAUCCAUUCGGAAAUCCAACAUCCACUUCCAAUAAUUCAACAACAGCGAAAGGAAUUCGAAAUCUGUUGAAUGUUGGAGAAGGAGAUUCGCUUUUCAGACAUACAAAUAACACGCAAAAUUCCACUAAUGUUCGGCCACAUACCACCGCAGAAUUACCAAAAUUGCACUCACGUAGCGAUACCCUGCGAAGAAAUUCAGCAAGACACGAAAAUAUAACUAAUUAUGGGAAAACUGCAAAUUUACCUACGAUAAAAAAGCAGGAAAUAGGCGACGAGCUACGAUUGGCUAAAGCUCGUAAUGAGAGACGAAAGCUUGUCAGCAAAAUUGAUCAAGAAGUUGAAAAAGUAAAAUCAGAUUGGCAAGCAUUACGUUCGAAUAGCGAAUGGACGCAAAGUAAAAAUUUUGCAAGUGACCGAACGAGAAAAUUGUAUGACACACUAGAAAAAAUGACACAAGAGAUAGAUAAAAUGCAAAAAUCCUAUUUAGAUCCAAAAUCAAACCAAUAUUUGCACCGAGGCGCAAUGAAAGCCUUAGAUCCUCCAGAUUUAUCUUUCGAAGAAAAGGCGGCGAAAGUUAAAAACAUGCUGUUCCCUAAAGAGAAUAAAAAAAUAGUUGACGGAACGUUGAGUAAUCUAUCAAACACGUUAAAAAGUAGUUUAUCAGGCGUAGUCUCAUCAAAAGAUAUAGCCAAUAAAGAAGUGGAAAAGAGAUCGCUUCUUUCCAAUAUGCAAUCUCAAAAUGUUAAAAACAGUACAAAAUUAAGUAACAACUUGCCAUCGAAUCUUAUUAAGAGAAAUACAAGUGCAAAUAAUCGGAAAAAUUUAAAAAAGAUUAAUUCUGAUACUGAACAAUAUUUGAGCAAUUAUAUUAGUGAAGCAGAAAAAAUUUUUCUUAAUAAAGAGGAACCAAAAAUUCAAGAAUUAGAAAUCCAUCCAGAAGAUGUAUCAGAUAUACUGAAAAAGCUGAAUAUAAAUUCUGUUGAUAUAUUUGAUAUUGCUAAUAAUUCUGAAGAAGAUUCUUCAUUACAGAGUGUGGAAAGAAUGGGAAAUAGACAAAUGCAAAGUUCUGUACAAACAAUUAUGGAUCAAAAGAUUGGAAGUGAAAAAUUAAAAGAGGAAGGAACUACAAAAAUUUCGUCAUUAAAGGAAGAUGAUCAUUUAACAGAACAUAAUAAUGUGUUAAAUUAUGAUACUUCCAUUCAAACGAAUAUUAAAGCUAUACAUCGAGACAAUGUUUUUAUAGAAAUGGGUUUGCACGCAUUGAGUAAUAAUUAUUCUCAAAAUGCUUUGCUGCGUGUUCUUCAGUCUGAAUAUCUAAAAAAGGAUAGAACAUUGAAACCUAUGUAG